CGCAGCCCGACGGAGGCGCUUCCUCGGCCCCUGAGCGGAGCGCGGCGGCCGCCCGGCUCCAGGCACCGACGGGGCGGGAGGCUCCGGCGGCGGCAGGAGGAGGAGGAGGAAGAGGAGGAGGAGGAGCGGCGGCGGCGGCUCCCCGCCGGCGGCGGGCUCCCUCCGGCAUGGCCCUGGCGGACAGCGCCCGCGGGCUGCCCAACGGCGGCGGCGUCUCGCCGGCGGCGGGGAGCGGGGCGGCGGCGGCGGCGGGCGGUCCGGGCGGCUGGUCGUCCUUCCCAGAGAUCGUGGAGCUGAACGUGGGCGGGCAGGUGUACGUGACGCGGCGCUGCACCGUGGUGUCGGUGCGCGACUCGCUGCUCUGGCGCAUGUUCUCGCAGCAGCAGCCCAGCGAGCUGCCCCGGGACAGCAAGGGCCGCUUCUUCCUCGACCGCGACGGCUUCCUCUUCCGCUACAUCCUGGACUACCUGCGGGACCUGCAGCUGGUGCUGCCCGAGCACUUCCCCGAGCGCAGCCGCCUGCAGCGGGAGGCCGAGUACUUCCAGCUGCCCGACCUGGCGCGCCGCCUGGCGCAGGCACGGGCCGCCGCCGCCGCCCGCCCCGCCGCCCUGCACCGCGACGGCUCGCUGUGCGCCGACGAGCCGCCGCCGGCGCUGCUCGGCUACCUGGAGGCCGAGCCGGCCGACGGAGGGGGCGGCGGCGGCACCGCCGUCGGGGCGUCCGCGCCGUCGCCCACCGCCAGCCGCAGCCCCUCGGGCGGGCCGCUGCUGACGCCCUCGCAGUCGCUGGACGGGGCGGCCGGGCGGCGCUCCGGGUACAUCACCAUCGGCUACCGCGGCUCCUACACCAUCGGCAGGGAGGCGCAGGCCGACGCCAAGUUCCGCCGGGUGGCGCGGAUCACUGUGUGCGGCAAGACGGCGCUGGCCAAGGAGGUCUUCGGCGAGACGCUCAACGAGAGCCGCGACCCCGACCGCCCCCCCGAGCGCUACACCGCCCGCUACUACCUCAAGUUCAACUUCCUCGAGCAAGCCUUCGACCGCCUCUCCGAGGCGGGCUUCCGCAUGGCCGCCUGCUCCUCCACCGGCACCUGCGCCUUCGCCCCCGAGCAGGGCGGCCCCGCCGACGACAAGAUCUGGACCAGCUACACCGAGUACGUCUUCUGCCGGGACUGAGCCCCGCCCGGCACAAGGAGGACCUGCAGGCGGGAUGCGGCCCCUCGCCCUCCUCGCCCCCAGCCCCUGCAGCCCUCUGCUCCUGCACGCACCUCCUGAGAGCCCCGGGGGUGGGGUGCCACCAUGUUGUGUCCCGUCGGGGCUGCCAUGUCACGUCCCGCUUUGGCCGCCAUCUCGUGUCCCGCCUGGGCCGCCAUGUUGUGGCGUCUUUGCCGUCAUGUCGCAGCCCGGUAGCCCUCUCCCUUCUCGCCCCGCUGUUUCCCCCCUCACAGCCCCCAGUAGCUGUGGUGGUAGCAAGGAGGGAGAGCAAUGGUAGACAAACACCCAUCCCAGGAAGGUGUGUGUGUGUGUGUGCACAGCUCCUGCCUCUCCUUGCACGAGGGAGGUGGUGGAUAGUAGCCUUGCCAGGGUGGGAUAUUUAAAAAAAAACAAGAGUCGUUUAGGGGCCAAGGAACUUAUUUUUUUCCAGUUGCUUUUCAGUGACUUCUGUUGAAGGUGGCACAACAAAUAGUUGUCUUUUCUCAUCCCCAUCCUCCCACUGAGGUUCUGCCUUGUUGGGCAGAUUUGCAGUGGUGCAUAUUAUUUCCCCUCCCAAAAGCGAUGCCAACCUGUGAAUGACUGAAAGUGAUACCUGUUUGUGAAGGCUUGGUCCAGCAGCUCACAUUUAACCUGUAGAGAUGAAUAAUUUUGCAGGAAGUGUGUGUGUGACCCUUUGUGACCAGUUGCAUCCAUAUCCAUACCCUCUCUUCUGCCUAAACCUUUGAACUUUCCAGGCUGUUAAACUGGGCCAUGGCCUGCAUAGCACGUGCGUGAGGCUGAUAUGAAAGGACUGAUUCCCUGGAUAAUGAACCACUUGAACUGUAAAGUGUCCUCAGAGACACGUUUGUGCCCACUAAAGGUCAAGUGACAACUCUUUGAAAACCUAAAAUGCUUGUACAUUUUAACUUUCAUGGGUGGUGUGAAGUCCUUAUGAUUCUCUUGAAGUCACUGUCUGCAAUAUGCAUCGAAAAUUCAAUGCAUAUUUCCUUAAACACCCUCAAAGUGACGGGUGAGGUAACAGCCAGGCUUGCUAUUGUGAAAGUAGGGCCUUCGUCCCGUGAAGGUGAAAUCACGUAUAUUGAAUUGAAGCAGAUGUACAUUAUAAUUGUAGUCAAGAACACCCUGCUUAUUACUUUGUUUUGUCAUUUUAGUGCUGUAAAACUUUGAAGCCAACAGAAUUGAUGCUGAAGCAACUUUUUUUAAGAAACAAUUUCUUGUUUUUCAUGGCAGUAUUAUUGGGAAAGUGACACUGCUGAGAGUUCAGUACCUCUUCCUAGACACAGUCAUUCUUAGAAAGCAUUAAGCCCCAUCCUUAUGAAAACAAGAACAAUGCCAGCUUUCUUCAGGGGAAAUUACCCCUUUAAAGCUGUGUUCAUGUUAUCUAACAGUCUUUCUUUCUUGGAGAAGGCAGCUGUAGCUUGCUUUGGAACAUAUAAUCUGAGUAGUGGUUUUUACAGUAUGGAAAAUGAAGCAGUUCUUUCCAAUAAAUUCCUGAAGAUUUGAGUACAAAAGCACUUUAAAACCCGAACUUGAUUUUGAAACCUGUGUUGUCCAUUUGAGAUAGUAACAGAAAAGUACCGUAAAUAUAUCCUGAGUAUUGAAGAAUUUAGCAUAUUAAUGGUUGAAGUUGCAUUUUUAAAACUAUUGAAUAGCAGAUUGUUCUAACCCCAAAUUUAGAAAUACUGCUAGCAUUUGUAUCUAACCAAAGAAUUUCAUUGUAGAUUUUUAUUUUUAAAAGCUUAAUUCCUCUGAAAAGAGCUGUAGCUACGUAUGCAUUGAGUUUCAGUGCUUAGUGUUUGUGUUCACCACUUGGUCUUUCACUAAGUACAUGUACAAUUGCGUAAAACUGAAAAUAAUUUGCAUAGCCAUGUUUUUUUUAUGUUAGCAAGAUUGUUUAUCAGUGUGAUUAAAGUGAUGAUGCACAUAUGAAAGCUCUGAAUGUUGUCCAGUUGUAGAUAGAUGUAUAAUGGGGUAUUUUUAAAAGGACAGAGAUGUGUAACCUGUCAUGUUAGAUGAGCAAUAAGAUAGAGUGAGAGGCCAAUACACCUGAAGACAGAAUGAAACCUGUUUGUCCUAUGCCUUACUCUGAGAUGAUUUCUUUGUGCAUAACUUAUUUAUACCACAAGUGAAAGGAUAUUGAUCACAGCUACUAGGUCUUUAAAAUGUCAUUCUCAAGAAUAAUGACUGUCUUUUUCUAGUUUCUGUUAAGUACUUCCGAAGUAUGUUUUUUAAUAUUUUGUAUAAAAUCAGUUUUCAGUAAAGUGUUCAAAUUCACUCUAGAUGGCUUUCUUUUUUUAAGAAUCUUGUAGCUUACUAAAUCCAUCAUAGAAGCUAUGAAUAGGGGCAGUUUUGAAUUGAACUUGUGAUUUAGUGUAUAUAUAUAUACAGUAUAUAAACAUUUUACACGAAUCAUUUAGUUUUUUAAUCAUUUUAGUGCUACAAAAUUUCAUAAUAUAUCUCGCUGAACAUUUGCAUAUUACGCUAUGUACAUAAUAUGGUAAUGUUUUAUUGGAUUCCUAUUCCUGUUUCUAAGGAUAAAACUGAAAAUGAAUAUCAGCAUAAUUGUAGAACUGAAAUUGAUGGCAUAUUUGCUUGAAUGUGAAUCAUAACUAAACUUCUAGGUGGCUGAAUGCAUCUCUAAAACAAAGAUUGCCUGUAUUUUGAUCAGUGAAUGCCUACCCAUUUGCUGGCAGAUGACCCAGAAACUCUCAUAUUUUUAAGCAAAAGUGGGUAUAAUAAAACCAUGAACUGAUUUUUUUUUAAUAUUUGUGUUUGUGCUCAAAACUCUUAAGCAUGAUUAGUAUUAGGCAACGGGCCCCCUGAUUUACUUAUGAGUUACCAAGAUCUUGGUUUAAAAUGAUAGUGCCAUAAAUACAGUAGUCUUUUUAUGACAUGCCACAGAAGACUAUAGAUAUUUUCUUAAAUGUUAAUCGGUAAUUUCAGUCAAAUUUUUAAGAGGUAAAAUGCCCCACGUGAGGUCACUGAGUUUGGAUAGUUCCCUCUAGUGAGAGCUCAAAGAAUGGAUCAACAAGAUGACUCUGCUAAUCUGUUAAUCUGCGGAAGGACAAAAUCCAGAGGCACACUGCUGGGGUCCUGUAUAUGGUAUGUAGCAGUUGUUCACAGUUCGUAUACUUACAGAUAAAUGCAGUAGCAUUUGUAAGUGCUAUUAAAAACAAAGGCAGUCAUUCUUUAAUUGGAAGUUAAGGCAUAGGUCUUUUUCACUGAUGCAUAUCAUGAAGGAUGACUUCGCAGAUGUUUGAUAGGAUGUUUAUAUUUUUAUACAUGUAGAUAACAAACCACUUACUCAUUCUUACUUUCUCAUGUAUAGCAUUGAAAAUAAAGAUCCUCCUAGGAAACUGAUGCAUACCAAAUUAAAUUGUUGUUCUUUAAAUAUUAACUCAGUUGUGAUUUAUGCUGUCCUUUUUACUCUUGUUAAAGAUGUCAUUAGCUUUGCAUUGUGUUCCACAGUCUCAUAUUCAUAACUUCAGCAAAGGCUCCUAGCUGAUAAAUAAAACAGAAACACUGAAUAAAGAAUAGGGAUUUCUAGUAACACCCGUAGCAUGACAAACAGAAAGGUAUAAUGCUCAGACUGCAUAUUUCCUUUAGAGUGUCACAGAAUUUUUGUGAUACUACUCAGCAUAAAUCAGUCCUCAGUAAACCAUAGUGACUAAAUAGCUUAAUCUGAAAAGCACAAAAUAUUUUUAUUAUUUUUUUAAUGAAGCCAGAAAAUAAUGAAAUUGGAUACAAUAUUCGUAUAAUGAAAGAACCAUUAAUACCCAAAGAAAGAUCUGAGAGAAAUACAUGUAGAAACUGUUAAGGAACAGAAUGGUGAUUGUAUUGGCUGACCUAUGAACUAUUAUAAACCUAGUGGGAUGUGCUGUGGUCGGAUUCAUAGGAGAUUAAUAAUGAAAUGCUUGUAAAAUCCACUUGUGUAAAGCAUCUGUAUAUGUAAUAGAUCUUUUUUGGGUAGAAUGGUUAUAAUGCAAAGACAUGUUGAUCAAAUCAUUUUGUUUGAUGGCUUGAUCGUAUUUGAGAGUUUUGUUAUCCCAUAAUACAAGAAGGGAGGUUGUUCCAUAAGCAGCAAAA